GCACCAGAACAUCCAGCAGACACGAAGAACAUCAGGGCACCCUCCCCGAACCGACCUCGGUCUUACACCUCGGUCCGACCCUAUGAGCAACACGAGCCCCUGAAUGGCGAAAUCGAAAUUCUACGCCUGGCCUACACCAGCGGCGCGCUGGGGGGGGGACAGGCAGAGAGGCCCAUCUUCUCAUAGGGGCGGCUGAGCUUAUCGGAAACCCUCCCGAGAAGCACGCCAGGCCUCUCCCGAAGCCGCACACGCCUUCUAGGAAGGCGCGAAAGAUCAUGAAAACCCCCGCCGCCUGCUGAGAAGGCCGGUCCACUCUGCCUCCCUCCCUGGGUGUGUCGCCGACCUACGGUGUGAGACGAGCACGUGCCACUUGCCUUCGCAAGCUGACACUCCGUGCCAACUUCGUUUGGUGCAUGGCUGCUGGCCCCUGAUCAGGACCACCGCAUGCCUGAAAAAACGGCUUGUGCAAUUAGGUCUCGCACAUACAUGUAAUUAAUGGAACCACGGUCCCCCGCAAAUUGGACAAUGUCUAACACAAUGGCAAAAAGAAGCACAGGCUGCACAGUUGGCAGUGAUCAUUGAGGGCGAGGCCCCUGUCUGGGUCGGUGUGGGGCCAUGCUCCGCUGGCCCCCCCAAAAAACUGAUGGCAACGGCGCAGAACAAAAAGCAAAUGCCACAAUCCUUCAAAAACCAAUGGCCUGCUGCGCGCCCCCACUGCACACGCAAAGUUCGUCGGACAAGAGGAGCCGCACUUCGCCAGCCCGCGCGCUCCCCUCGCAGGAGGCCGCCAGCGGCCCAUCACAGACGAGUGUGGACGCAGAGCGCGAGGGGUGCCGCGGCUCCGCCAGGGGCCGCACGCCCGGGAGGCCUGGCGCAGGUCGGCGACGCGACCGAGCCACCACAGCCAGCAUCCCCCCAGGAGGAGGAGGAGGAGGAGGAGGAGGAGGAGGAGGAGAGGGGGGGGCGGCGACGAGGAUUGGGGCCGACGGGGGGACCUCGGUGCGCCAGGCCCGGGAGGCGGCCGCGGGUGCCUCGGGGCGCGCGCGCUGGAAGGCACCGAGCGCGCGCCCAGGACUCUUCGCGUGGCGUCGCGGGCCCGUCGAGCAAGGGAAGGCGUGUACGUAAAUCAAGGGGCC